UGCUGUUGUUUGUAAAUAAAUAAAAAUCAACAUGAAAUUUAAACCAAGUAAAAAUGUUAUUAGUUUAUUUUUAAAUAAAAAUUUUAGUACACAUUCAAAUCAUAAUGGUCGACGUGUUGUAGUCACUGGACUUGGUGCCGUUACACCACUUGGAAACAAUGUUCAGACAUCAUGGACUAAAAUCUUAGCUGGUGAGAGUUCAAUUACAAAUCUUUCCGGGGAAGAAUAUAAUAAAUUGCCAUGUAAAGUAGCCGCUCAAAUAGAUAAAAAUGCAUUAAAUUUAGAAAAUUAUUUUAAAAAGUCUGAUAUUAAAAGUAUGAGCCCUGCCACAUUAUUAGCAUUAUUAGCAUCUGAGGAAGCACUAACAUCAGCAAAUUUAAAAGAUAUACCCGAUAAAAAUAAAGACAGAAUAGGAGUUUGUGUUGGCAUGGGUAUGUUCGACUUAUCUGAUGUUUACUUAUCAUAUCAGAAUUUGGUGAAAGGGUAUAAUCGUGUUUCACCAUUUUUUAUUCCAAGAAUUCUGCCGAAUAUGGCUUGUGGUCAUAUCAGUAUGAGAUAUAAUUUUAGGGGACCAAAUCAUUCAGUGUCAACGGCAUGUGCAACAGGAGCUCAUGCUAUUGGUGAUGCAUUUCGUUUUAUAAAAUAUGGUGAUGCUGAUAUAAUGCUUGCUGGUAGUGGUGAAUCUUGCAUUGAUGCUUUAUCUAUAGCUGGUUUUUGUAGACUUCGUGCCUUAAGUACAACAUUCAAUGAUGAACCAAGUAAAGCAUCCAGACCAUUUGAUAAGAAACGUGAUGGUUUUGUUAUGGGUGAAGGUUCUGCAAUUUUAAUUUUAGAAAGUUUAGAAAAUGCUAAAAUGAGAAAUGCUCCAAUUUUAGCAGAAAUUUUAGGUUAUGGGCUAUCUGGUGAUGCCUAUCAUUUGACUUCACCAAGUGAGGAUGGUUUCGGAGCACAACUAGCAAUGAAACGUGCUAUUGAAGAAGCUAAACUUGAUUCUUCUCAAAUUGGUUAUGUAAAUGCUCAUGCAACAAGUACACCAACUGGAGAUAAAAUUGAAGCGAAAGCAAUUAGCUUAGUCUUAGGAAGAAAUGAUGUAGAAGUAUCAUCAACAAAGGGUGCCCAUGGUCACUUAUUGGGAUCAUCGGGAAAUUUAGAAGCUUUAUUUGUUGUAAAAGCCUGUCAUGAAAAUAUUUUGCCACCAUCUAUAAAUAUUGAUCAAUUAGAUGAUGAUAUCAAUAUAAAUAUUGUUAGAAAAUCAAAAAAAUGGAAUACGGACACAAGGAGAAUAGCUCUUAAAAAUUCAUUUGGUUUUGGAGGAACUAAUUGUUGUUUAUGUAUUUCUAGUUUUACCAAUUAAAUUCUGUUGAUUUUUUAUUACAUAUUUUAUAAACGACAAAAAUAUAAUUUGUCUGCUUUAUAUUUUAUUUUAUAGUUAUGUAGAUAGAUCAUGUUUAAAAUAAAUUCUUUUUUUUUAGAAUUGA